CGAAAUAUGUCGAAUAUUCCUGGAAAAGACGUUGAUCGUAACCAGGAAGCCACAAUCUAUAUAGGAAAUAUCCCGGAAGCCGUCUCCGACGCCAUCAUAUGGGAACUCAUGUUACAAGCUGGCCCAGUCGCAAGUGUGCACCUACCAAAGGAUCGUGUAUCAAUGUCCCAUCAGGGCUUUGGUUUCUGCGAGUUUGUAAAUGACGAGGACGCUGAAUACGCCUGUAAAAUCAUGAACCAGAUCAAGUUAUACGGUAAACCAAUCAGAGUAAAUAAGGCAUCAACAGACAGGAAACAAAUCGAUGUCGGUGCUAACUUAUUCAUUGGUAACCUCGAUCCAGGUGUUGAUGAGCGUUUGCUCUUCGACACAUUCUCUACAUUCGGUUUAAUGAUGGAUGUAGCCAAAAUUGCUCGUGACGACACUGGCUACUCAAAGGGAUACGGCUUCAUCCAAUAUAACGACUUUGAUAGCUCAGACCAAGCUAUUUCGGCUAUGAAUGGACAAUACCUCAUGAACAAGCCAUUAACAGUAGACUAUGCAUUCAAGAAAGACGGUAAAGGUGAAAGACACGGUACAGAAGCAGAAAGGAUGCUUGCUGCAGAAGCUAAGCGCAAUAACGCUCUACCAAUGCCAGGAGCUAUUCCUGGACAACCAUUUAUGCAAUAUCAGGGUAUGUUCGCAGGUGCCCUAUCUGGAAAUGCACCUGUCAUGCCUGGCCAACCAGCAGCCACCCCUACCCCUUAUGGUUUUACUCCUGUUCCUCCACCAGCACCUUAUGGAUUUAGUUAAUGAUGUGUACUAUAAAUAUUUAUUGUCUUGCUUAGGAUUGUAUUGAUUAGAUUGUGGCGAUUGUCUAAGGAAAACAAAUUGCGUCGAAAUCGAUUGUCAAGACGGAUAUAGACUUUACUAAUGAAUAUAUACACAGCCUUAACCAUUAAGUCAUACACUGGCAGCUUCUUGCGUAUCUCGGUGACGUAGUCCAAGCAUAUGCCCGAGAUCUCCCCAACGAAAGUUAAACGGACUGUGGCAAAUGCCGAGAAUAAGUGACAUAACCGAGAAAUGUAGUAGUGAUUCUAGAUCAUGG